AUGGGCGGGUGGAGUCCGGAGCGGCGCGGCGAGGGGCGGGUGGGGUCCAGCCUGACUCACACGCUUGCCGGCCGGACCCGCCACAACUCUGCGCGGUUAGGGUUUUCCGAGGACCACAUCACGCGGUCCUGCAGCCUCUUGCCCACGUACCCGUGGCCGAAUUGCACACGAACCAUCAUGCACAAGGGUGUAGACUCGGGAGUGCAGCACUGCGCGUUCUCUCCUAACCUCCGCGCUCCGCUUGCGACUCUCUCGGCGUUGACCUGCGAACGAUCACACACCAGCCUCGACGUCAGAGCACCCCGUGACCCCGCAUCACAAGACCGGGCUGGGAUGCUGGGUGGUCCCUCGGAGCCCCUCCUCCGGCUCCUGGCUCUCUUCGCAAAGCUUCUCCUGGGGCAGAAAGCUUGA